GACUACGACAAAUGAGUUUUCAGAAUGGAGAGGCUGCAGUUUCUUAUGAAUUUCUCUAGUUUUUUAAUGAAAUUUUGCUAAAAUGACGCGAAUUCUAUCAAGAGACAGAGAUAAAGAUCCUUUUAAUAAUGAAAAGGCAGAGAAACGUUUCCUUCAGUCGAAGCCCAUUUGCUUUAUCAUAAUUGGAAAACCAGGCAGUGGAAAGACAACCUUGGCAAAAAUGCUUGCAAAAACAUGGAAAUGUGAAAUUGUUAAUGGAGAAAGUCCAUUGCUUCAAAGUAUGGAAUUGGAAACAGAUAUUGGCAAAAAGGCACAGGCAAUCCUAUUAAGGGGUGAAGCCCUCCCUGAAGAAUUGGCGUCCGUGAUUGUUCAGGAAAAGAUAAAUUCGCCUGAGGUGUUACAUCAUGGCUAUGUUCUUGAUGGUCUGCCAUCAUUAUGUGAAGAUUGGUUGUCAAUGAAGGAACAGCUAGAAUUGAUAAAGAAUUGGAAGUUAAAACCUGAUUUCAUUAUUAAUUUGAAGAUCCCAGAUCGCGAUCUAGAAAUUCGUCGCAUUAAUCAGCGUGUUGAUCCCAUGACGAACAAGAUUUACACAAAGGACAUCUACGAUCCCGCUCUGCCAGAAGUUAAGGAAGGCAAUAAAGCUGAAGAAGUUGAUGAGAAUGGGGAGGUUGAUCAAUUUGCUGAAGAUAGUGAUGAGAGUUUUAAUGAUGUUGACACUGAUGAUGAAAAUAAUCUUAACGAAGACGAAGAAGAAAGCGAAUUUUCAGCAGAUAUACUGGAAAGACUUUUAGUGAGACCCGAGGAUCUUCCAGAAAAUGUUGCUGCAAGUAUUAAGAGAUAUAAAGAUCUCAUGUUGAGAAUGUUAGAGGACUAUAUGACUGAUCAUGAUCAGCGAAAACUUAUCGAAGUGGAUGCAAACCUGCCUGUUAAAGCUGUGUAUAAAGCAGUUAUGGCCAAGUUGAAAACAUUCGGAAUACCUCGUGCAUUGACGACACUUCGCCUCCAGGACGAGGAAAUGGAUGAGCCAUCAAGUGAUACGGAUGCCGACGAAAUUUUACGAUCUUUGGCCGCAGCCCAAAUGGUAGCACCUCGAUUUCGAUGGCGACGCAGUCGUUGGUCUCGUCUUUGUCCUGUGGAACUGUACAAUGGCAACAUUACAAACGGUUCGCCUCAAUAUGCCGUCAGUUUUUUGGAUAAGAUGUAUUGUCUGUCGUCCAACGAAGCUCUCAAAAAAUUCAUGCACAACCCCCGUCCUUACAUCACCGAACCACUUCCAUGCCCACCCUGUAAGAUAUGUGUGCUAGGGCCUCCAUGCUCGGGGAAGACCUCUGUUGCAAAGAAUCUUGCACAAAGAUAUCAAGCAAAGUACCUAGAUGUGGAUUUUUUGAUCAGCGAUAAGAAAAAAGAAGUAAAAAUGAAAUUACUCCAGGAAAUACGAAGCGAGGCGAUCGAGGCGGCCAUUACUAAAGUCAAUGCUAAAAUACAAAUGGAAAAAGAAGAAGAAGAAGAACGUCUUGCUGCCGAAGCGGAAGCCCGACUCGAGGCUGCAAACGAUGAUGACGAAGGUUCUGAAGAUGAAGAGGAAGCAAAAAACGACGAAGUUGUAGAUGGCGAUACGAGAAAUGUUGAUGAAGAAGGAAAGAACGAAGAGAAAAUGGAAACUAAAGCAAGCGAUGUUGAUAUUGUCAAAGAGGAAGUCAUUGUUGAUGAAAAUCAUUCUGAGGUGAUAAAGUUAGUUCAUGAGGCGAUGAAAGGCACCGAGCAACGUGAAGUUGAAAUAUCCGCCGAAGAGUAUGUUGAUGUUAUAGAGAAAGCCAUAAACGAACGCCUAAAGGAGGUGGAAGACCUGAUGAUGAAAGGACAGAGGCUUGGUGGUUACGUUCUUGACAACUUCCCGUACACGCGAGAACAAUUUACGUUGUUGAUAGAGAGAUCCUUGUUACCGGAUUCCGUAAUACAUUUAAAAGAUAGCUCAGAACAAGGUUCUCUUCUCGCCCCUCGAUGGAUUGAAAAACGACGAAAUCAAAAACAUUUGCCGGACAUGAAAGAAGUAGAUGAUGAUCCGCAAGCAAUUAAAAUAGAGUUGACAAAUAAUGAGAUGGAAACAACUGAGGAAAGUGGCGAAGAACCAACGACGAAUAUAGCUCUGAGCGGGAAUAAAAAGGCGACGGCGAAUGAAAUGAGUGAAUAUCAGACUGCACGAGUGACGUUUGAGAAUAACUGGCUUCAAUUACUGGCCGUCAUGAAGGGCUCGAAUAAUCUUGAGCCCACUGUCAUUAGAUGUGACAAAACUAUUGAUGACAUGACAGAUGACGCUAUUAAAGCCAUUGAAGAUGCCUUUAUUUAUCAUCCAUGGGAGCACACGGGAAUGGACGAAGACGAAGAGGAUGAAGACGACGAGGAAGAAGAAGAAAUGGAAGAAGAGGAGGAAAACAACGUCUUCCGUCGAGAUGUUGGUCGUAAACAAUUUGGUGACACAAAAAAUUUCUGUCCUGUCAUGUUGAAAGAGAGAGGUGUUCUAUGGCCAGGCUUGAUGGACUUCGCCGCAAAGUAUUGUGAACGUGUUUAUGUGUUUUCAAGCGGUGAAUGUCGUCGAAAGUUUCUUUCUGACCCCACACAGUAUUUACCCGUGGAUGAGCCACUCAAGCCCCCUCCAAUACGACUGUUUAUCAUCGGCCCGAAAGGCAGUGGUAAGACUCGCUUUGGCCGAUAUUUGGCAGAGAAACUCGAUGUUUUUCAUAUCGACUUUGAAGAACGUCUACAGGAGAAAAUCAUGGUGAAAACAAAGAAACGUGUUGGGCCAGAUCAUGAGGAAGACGACGAGGAUGACGAAAAGGACUUAAAGGCCGUGAAUGGUGCAGAUGAUGUUGAAGGACAAGAUGCAUCUAAAGAAAAAGAAGAGUUGACCUUAACGGAGGAAGAAGAAAGUAUUUUCGCAAAUUUGACCGAAGGAGAGCAUCUUCAACGAGAUACUGUGGAGAGUGUACUAAAUCCUUGGUGGAAUGAAGAACCUUUUAGGUCACGUGGCUUUGUUCUCGAAGGGUUUCCACGCAACGACGAGGAGAGUCGUGUGCUUUCGUUGUCAGGGUUGUACCCGGAUGCGGCGAUUUUGUUGGGUGUGGAGGAUGUUGAUGUUGUUAAACGGCUCUUUCCAAAUAAAAUGGAAAGAUGGAAAAGGAAAAGAGAUAGAAAAAUGGCUGCGAAAGCCAAACACAGAGCCUUAAUUGAGAAAACCAGGGAAGAAGCAAGGGCAAAAAGAAAAGCAGAAAUUCUGCUUGAGAUGGCUGAGCGUAAAGCUAAACUUAAUGCUCGCUCGAAUGAAGAUGAUGAUGAGGAUAACGAAGACAAUGAUGGCGAAGAUGAAAUGAAUGAAGAGGAGAUCGAAGCCAUUUUGGAUGGAGAAUUUGAAGAAGAUAAUGAUCUUGAGGAGGAAGACGAGGAAGAAGAGGAAGAAGCUGCUGACCGCAUUAAGUCAGAUAUCGCAGACCGCUAUGAUGAUGAUAACUCAAGACUUAGUGUAGUUCAGGAAUCGCUUGAAGAGAUUUUAGUACCUCGUGUUGCGAUCGACGCCAGUCGUCAACCUCGCAUAGUAGAAUAUUGUCUAAAUGAAGCUCUUAAACCUGUUGUGGAGUAUCGUGAAGCUAUUUUCUCCAGUUGCUACUCCAUCUCACCUGCUUUAGCGCAACGCAUGCUUUUUCAAGGAUACAAGUUUUACAGCAGAUUUGGAAAGUGGUGUCCGGUCAAGCUUCUGGAAGGUGAUGUCAUUCAACCGUACUACCCUAUUGGAACCUCGCCCUUUCCAGUCAUUUAUCGGCAAUAUAUAUACUUCCUGUCAUCCGAAAAGGCCAAGUCAGCUUUCAUGAGUUGUCCCAUGAAAUAUCUAAGACAACCUUCUCCAAAACCAAUGGUUCCUAUACAAAUGGCCAUCAUUGGACCACCAAAAUCAGGAAAAACAACACUGUCCAAAAGAUUUGUAGCCGAGUACGGUAUUGUUAGACUAUCUAUUGGUGAAGUCCUUCGACGAGUAAUGCUGACUCAGCAACAGACUGAUCUUGUGAGGCAGAUCAAUGAUCAUUUGAAAAGCGGGUGUACAGUGCCUGAUGACUUAGCCAUUCAGGCUUUGUCUGUUGUCUUGAUGGAUCCACAGUGUCAGGUUCGAGGUUUCGUUCUUGAUGGUUUUCCAAUAACCAAACAUCAACUUGAUCUCAUGAGUGAACGAAGUAUCAUUCCUGUUAAAGUUCUGGAUUUGGGCGUUGAUGAUGACGAAGUAUUCAGAAGGGCAACGCAGGAUAGACGUUCACCAAACAGGGCGUACCCAGUCCAUGAUAGUCACACCAUUAUAUCCAUACGACUGGCUUGUUGGAAGCGAGAAGCUGAAAGUGUAAGGAAGUGGUAUCGAAAUAUACAACGGAAUCUUGUCGAGAUUGAUGGCACUCGCUCGAAAUGGCUUGUCUGGGAUACAGCUUUAAAGGAAGCGAAACGCAGUGUUCAAAAUAUUCAAAUGUACUUAGUCCGAAUGGGGGAAGGCCGUGCAGCUUCAAUAGCAAACAUGUGUGUAACACCUAAAGAGUUCAAAGAAAGGCUCGGAGAUUUCGGUGAAUACUGUCCUGUCAACCUGGCUGAUUUUGGGCAACUUGUAGACUGCUCCCGUAGCCCUAGCCUUGAGUUUGCAGCAGAGUUCCGAGGACGAUACUAUAAAAUGGAGAGUGCCAAGGAGUUAGAAAAAUUUCUAGAGAACCCAACGGCCUAUGUACCCCCGCUAGCUCCUCGUACGCUUCCUUCAUCAGACUUACUUCCGAAGAGACGAUCAGCCUUGGAAAUGAAGGAUAGAUUUCCGUGUAAGAUUGAACUACAGGGAUAUUGUCCUGUCACAUAUCUUGACGGGAAGAAACGCUAUGAGUUCCUGGUGGCCGGUGAUCCAGAGCUUGUUGUCGAGUACAGGGGAUUCUUCUACAAUUUUCAAUCAGUGAAGAAACUUGAAGCAUUCAUGAGGGCUCCUUAUGUUUACCAUGGACUGAAGUUACCACGCAAACUACCACCACCACAAAUCUCUCCACUUGCUGUACAUCAAAUGCCGAUGUUGGGAUUUCUUGAACAAACUGUUGCCGAUGAUAUUAUUAAGGCUUUGACGUCUGUCGGUUGCUUUAAACCCAAAUAUCCUUUCCUCACUGCCACACGCUCGGCUUUGCUUUACAUGGCUUAUCAUUUGAAAGCUUUCAAUCGAAAAAGCAGUGACUAUGUACGGACAAAAUACAAGACUAAAUUAAAGAAAUUUGAAGAGAAAUGCGGUUUGAUUUUGUAUCUGGGUCGUAAUAUGUCUCAUCGCUACAGAGAUCCAUUUCAGCGACCACUGGACUUCGAUAUGAAAAUGAAGAACUUUCUUGAUCUCAAGAUAUUGAAACCAACGGCAUGAGAACUGUAAAUAUUAGAAAACAUAAAAGUUUUUGUAUAUUUUUACACAUUUUAAACAAACAUCCAUUGCAUCGCAAUGGUAAAAUCUACCCACAAUAUUUUACUAAUGUACAUUGUCGUAUAUUAAGAUAUGUAAGUAGUCUUAGUGCUUGUCGUUUUCAUAUCUUUGUUUGUUUUGUUCAUAAAUAUUUUGUUGAGCAUCA